UGUUGAAACCGCGCCCCGAAAUCCCGUUAGCCUCCUCUUCCGCCUCUCGGCCUCCCUCACCUCCGAUUCGAGAUUCCCAUGGCGUCCCAAAACCCCAAGGGUUCCUCACAGUCGGGCAAGAAGGCCAUGGAUGUACCUCCCUCGGCGGAGGUUGUGGCCCCUCCUGCUGCGGCGGUGCCGGAUAACAGGCCUUCUCCUCCGACGGUUCGCCUCCCAAACCCUAGUUCUGCCCCACAGAAGCCCGAGAUCCAUGGGAACGCGGAGGGACCAACCGGCGUGGUAGGGCUGAAGGAGACCGCGCCGACCGCCGUUGAAGCCGCUGCCGCUGCUGCUGGUCAAUCCAACUCGGGUUCUUCGGAGGCAGCCCCUGUCACCGAUCUCCAGAAGAAGCUCCGGCGAGCCGAGCGAUUUGGGACGCCCGUGAUGCUUUCGGAACAGGAGAAACGCAAUUCUCGAGCUGAGAGGUUUGGAACUGUAUCAACCUUGGAUGGAGGGAAGAUUGUAGGACCACUAGAGGAGCAGAAAAGAAAGGCCCGGGCUGAGAGGUUUGGGCUUAAGGCUGAAACUGAUGAGGAGGCAAAGAAGAAGGCUCGGUUGGAACGAUUUGCACCAUACUCAAAGUUGGAUACUUCAGAAGAGGAGAAAAGAAAGGCACGAGCAAUCAGGUUUUCACAAGCUUCACCUAAAGUUAGCGGCCAAUCCAACUCUGACCUGAAGGCAACAGCUUUGUAGCUCACACCUGAUGAGGAGUUGUCAUGAUCAAGGGUUUGCAUGGUCUCCAAUAUGUUCCUGUAUCUUCUUAGCCUUUGGUGGUGGUCACAGGGACUGCAGCAUAUGCAGUUACCACGUUACAUUAUGUAAAACAAGAUUUUGAUGACACUGGUGCGGCUUUCUCAAUGUAUGAAGUAGAUCAUGGUGGUUAAUGUGGUUAGUAUAUAUCCCAUUUGGUAGACAAGUUGCAAUGGUGGUUCUGAUUUCACUAGCGAAGAAAGGUUAUUUUAGUAAUUGACUUGCUGAUUACAUUAUGGUUCUUGUUCUUUAGAAUCUAGUAUUUGUUAUUCCCUAAUGCCCCAUGACUUGAACAAUUGUUUUAGUUUUGCUUCUUGAUAAAGAAAUAAAAAUUCUUCAGUUCA